CAGCGUUAUCAUUGCUGAAUGAAAUCUGAGCACGAGUAAUCACCUCACCUCGCCUCAUCAUAGAAACUUCAAUUCAAAUCAGAGUUAGCCACUCUUUAAAAUGAUGGCGGUGGAAACAGUGUGUAGUUCUUUACCAAAUAAUAGUACGGUACAAUUAAAUAAAUUAGAAGAAUGUAAUGGAAAACAAGAAAAAGUAUUAAAUGGAAAAGCCGCCAAUUUUAAAAAUGGAUAUGUGAAAAAUACACAACUAAACAAUGGCACCGGCAAAUUUGCAAAAAGCGACGGAUUGCCACCAAUAGAUUGGACGCAGCAUGAAACAUUCGCCGGAUCAUUCGAGAAGUCCACACUGUUGACAGCGGCUCUAACACACAUAGGCCUUUAUAUACUCAUGUUCCUGGGCUUCAUCAACCAGCUCCUGUUCACACCGAAGGUCGCUACAGAGAAGAACAGAGAGGGCUACGCUCCCCUAUACAACCCAUUCGAGCAGUUCUUCUCUCGGUACGUGUACCGGCGUGUGCAACACUGUUUUAACCGGCCCAUAUGCUCCGCUCCCGAUGCCGAAGUCACCCUCAUGGAGAGGCACUCCGACGACUAUAACUGGACAUUCAGGUUUACAGGCAAGAAGCGCGUGUGCAUCAACCUGGGCUCGUACAACUACCUCGGGAUGAGCAUGCUGGAGCGGGGGCCGGUGGCGGACGCGGUACGGAAAUACGGACUCGCGAUGGCCUCACCUUACGGCGAGCUCGGCCGCUGCGAGCUACACGACAAGCUGGAGGCUGAGAUCGCAGACUUCCUUGGCGUUGAGGCAGCUAUAGUAUUCGGCAUGGGGUUCGCGACGAACACGCUGUCACUUCCCGGGCUGCUGGGGCCGGACGUGCUCGCGUUGAGUGAUGAGAACAACCACUCUUCGCUGAUCCUCGGCAUGCGGCUCGCGCGCGCCACUGUCCGCGUAUUCCGGCACAACGAUGUGAAACACCUCGAGCAGCUCGCUAGAGCCGGCAUCGCUGAGGGGAAGUGGAGGAAGAUUGUAGUUGUGGUAGAGGGCGUCUACAGCAUGGAGGGGUCGAUAGUCCCGCUGCGAGCGGUGGUGGCGCUGAAGAAGCAGCUCGGCCUGCAGCUGUACCUGGACGAGGCGCACUCCAUCGGCGCGCUGGGCCCCAACGGCCGCGGCGUCACUGACUACUGGGCAGUGUCGCCCGCCGACGUCGACGUGCUGAUGGGCACCUUCACGAAGAGCUUCGGCGCUGCCGGCGGCUACAUCGCCGGCAGUGCGCGGAUGGUGCGCGCGGUGCGCGGCGCGGGGCACGCGGCGACGUACGCGCACGCCAUGUCGCCGCCCGUGGUGCAGCAGGUGCGCGAGGCGCUGCACACCAUGCGCGCGCCCGCCGGCCGCGACCGCUUCCGCGCGCUGCAGCGCAACGUGCACUACUUCCGACAGAGGCUCGAGAGCAUGGGCGUGGUGGUAUUCGGUCACCCGGACUCGCCGGUGGUGCCGAUGCUGGUAUACACGUUCAGCAAGAUGGCGGCGACUGUGGAGCUGCUUACAGAGUGCGGCAUCGCCACCGUCGGCGUCGGCUUCCCCGCCACACCUCUUAACAAGGCUAGAAUACGGUUCUGCCUGUCUGCGGCGCAUACUCGUGAGCAGCUGGACGCGUGCUUACGCGGCAUUCAGAGCGCCGCCGACACCCUCGGCCUGCGGUACUCGCGCCGCCCGCGCCCGCCGCACUAGCCGCCUCGCCCGCCGCCGCACUACCUCCUACUUCUCGUAUUAUUAUUAUUAUUAUUGUAUUAUUAAUAAAUUAUUUUCACAAG